UCUGGACUGUCUCCUGGGGCGACGUGACCGUGUGUGUCACGCAUCUGUCGGUGUCAUCCCCGUCGACAGCUCGGUGCGAUAACAACAGAUAGUCAGACAGACGCCGGCUGUAAAACCUCUCUCCCGGUCCAACGCGUGUGAAUGUUAAAAUGUAUAAUAAUCUCCUCCCGAGCGCACUCGUUCAAACGUGUCGUCCCACCCAGACUCACGAGGUGGCGCUGUGCUUCCGCUCCGUGUCCGCGGCUCUUCGCCCCGGCAACACGCAUCUUACGCUAAACCACCACAGGGCGGCGCUGCUGAACCUCCAGAGCCACUCUUCCAUCCUUCUUCAAUCUUUUCAGUCAAUUUAUUUUCUUAUUUUGACUACUUUGACAACCUUGGCGAAGGCGGAAGUAGAGAGCAGUGAACCCUCUUGGCUCACCGGGCGACACAUGACAACAACAAUGGCCGCCUCCUGCUCGCUGGAGUGUUGUGGAGAGGAGAGAGAUGCAGACAAAGCAGUCAUUGUCCGCUUCUCAAACGGCAGCGUCGGAAAUGCAGACAAACUCGAUUUCUCGCUGUACAAGAGCGCAGAUGAGGUGAACCCCCGGAAGAAGAGCAGGCGGAUAUUGGUUGCCGAAACAGACAGACUGUCCUACGUUGGGAGUAAUUUCGGAGCCGGGUCACUGAAGUGCAACAGCCUUUGCAACUACUAUGUCGGAGUGUUGAACAAACGGACCAAGCAAAUGGAAGUGCACAGUGCUCAGCUCUUCAACAUGCAGCCUACUAUGCCAGGAGAAACGGACGAGGCAAAAUCCGAGGACACUACUCGGACCUACAGAGAUAAGGUCGACUCUUUGAUUGAGGCGUUUGGCACCAACAAACAGAAGAGAGCUCUGACUUCCCGCAGGCUGAAUCAGGUGGGCAGUGAUACACUGCACCAAGCUGUGGCUAAAGCUGCCAGCAAUGUGAUCGACCAGAAAGGUCUGGAAGCUCUGCAACAGGAAGUUGCUGAUAUGGAGUCCCAAGGAGACCUGGCUCUCCACCUGCCUCCCUGCGACGCAACUGCAGACAAACCUGAGAACGUCUACAUGUUUGACGAUCUCCUGAGUCCAGUUGAGUUUGCCGCUUUGGAGACUGCCGGUUCCAAGAUGGCUGCACUCACCACCGAGGAGCUGCAGAAGAUGACAGAUGAUGGACGGUGUCUGUGUGUCGUGGCGCACCUAGAGAAUAUGCCAGGUGUUGGUGAAGCUAGAGAUAAAGUGGCACGCUGCGCCUUUUACCUUUCUCUGCUGCUCAAGCUGGCACGGCAGAAGAGCCUCACCCGCAAGUUUGGGCAGGAGGAAGGCUGCCCGCGCAUCAUUCUGAGCAAACUGUUCAAAACAUUCACAGUGGAGACUUUCAGCAAUGGCAGGGUUGUGAACAUUUUGUCAACAUCAAUGCGAGCCAAAUUAGCAGCUUAUUCUCUGGCCCUGCUGCUGCAUAUGGGUCACAUGACCGCUGACCUCACAUUACUGCACCGUGACCUGGGAAUCACUGAGGCCAGGAUGAUCGAAGUUGCAAAGUCAAUGGGACUGACCCUAAUUAAACCGGCCCGGACAAAGAAGGACGAUGCUGAACUGCAAGGCGAACACAGGCAGGCGUCUCUUCGUCUACCUCUGGUCAAAUCUGAUAAGUUCACGGAGAGACGGAAACGCAAGAAAAUGAUCUGAAGACCAUGAAAAGAAAAGAGCUGGAUAAAGAGAGAAGAUCUGUUUAUUAAUGCGUUUUGUAGACAAAUAAAAGGGGGAUCUUUGAAUUAUA